GGAAGCCGGAGAGAGGCGAGCGGCAGAACUGAGUGAGAGCAGGAGGAGAGAGGACUGGGAGAGACAGGAGAGAGAGAGGCAGAGCCGCACUGUGUCCAGGUUUUAAUGCAAUUCUUUUGCCUCAUCUUGUGACAUGGAUGUUGUCAGAGUUCCCCUUGAAAGAAGUUUAGAUGAGAGUCUGAAGUAGACGGAAUGACGAUGCUCGCCCAGAGUGAAUAGCCUGCAGUGCUGAUCAGGCCUACUGCUGGGUGUGUUUACUGUAGCAGCCUCUGGUGUCUUUUGAAAUUUCAACAUCUUAACACCCUCGGGAGUUUUACCUCUUCCUUCACGUUCUGAAGCGGAUGGCACAUGAAUACACCAGUUAAUUGUUUCUCGUUUGUUUUAAAAUAAUCACUCCAGUGAAAGCUAAGCUUUUGACUAAAAUCUACUGGUCAAACACAUUUCUGAAUCCAUGUAGCUGUGGGGAGGAUCUUGUUUUGUAUUUAAUGAAGCUCCUGCAUGGGUGUGCAGCAUUGAACAUGAAUGGGGACAUGUUGCACAUACUGAAGACGAGGCAGAAUAAAUAACAUAAUCACAUCAGUACUCUGUCUGAAUCAAUACAUUCAACUGAUGCCGUCCACUGACUCAUUCUGAGGAUUGUAAUCCUUGUUCAUCAAUUUAUUCCCAGCAUUUAAAGUGUAUGUGUUCUUUAUGCUUUAGGAUAUUUUUGCCUUUCCCUUAUUUGUGGACUUUGUAUGGAGUGAUGACCACAACCUUCGAACGUACACACCACUAAGAGCAGUCCCCAAAGUUUUUAAAAGUAUUUAUUAUUUUAUUUUCCUGGAUUAAAAAAAAGAAAAUCAAAUUUACUUCUUAUCUCUUGAUAUUUAUAUAUGCUGAUGCAACAAUUAGACUACAGAAUGGGUACAGUUUAAAUUUGUACUAUUUUAAUUUAUUUAUUUAUAAUCCUGAUGGCAGCAGCUUACAAGGUGCUUGUUACAAAAGUCACCUGUUACAAUAGCGUGGUACUGGACACAAGGAUACAAAAUGUAGUUCAUUAUUGUCCUGGUCAAUGUCAGAUUUACAGACAUGGAGUCCACUGCAUGGUUGCACAUCACAGUGUGUGCUCAGAGCUCCUCAAAGCUCCAGAGGGAUCCACUCUUAGCAGUGGAGAUGUUAAUCAUAAAAUAGCAGUCGGGGAGAGUUUGGUUGUUAGCGAGGAUGACACUCAUCUCAACCAAAAGGCCAAAAAGGCCACUGCUGUCCAAAGUACCAGCAGCCUUAAAGAUAUCACCGGUGAAGCCAUAAAUCUUGCUAGUGGAAAAAUAAAGGAAUUCUCUUUUGAAAAGCUAAAGAAUGCAUCAAACCAACAUGUCAACCUCAGGAAAGGUCGUAAAGUCCGCCCAGAUUCUUUUAGCAGGAAAUCGACUGACUAUGACUUUAUCUAUGGUCAUUUUGGUAACAAUGAAAACUGUCCCCCCUUUUGUUUGCUACCAGCUCAAGGCUCAGAUGAAAAGGCAAUAAUCUCCAAUAGUGUGUCUUUAGAGCAGAACAUCAAUAACAUGGCCUCUUUGUAUCUGCAAGGGUUGUCAGAGGAGAAUCUCAUUAGUCAGAUCCUGAAGAAGCACAAACUAGACGGCACAGGUUCUGGUGAAGACAUCAAAAUGUGUCUGGAUAUUUUGCUUAAGUGCUCAGAGGACCUGAAGAAGUGCACUAAUAUAAUUAAACAGUGCAUUAGGAACAGGUCAGUAGGAGGGAAUAGUGUGGGUGAGGGCAAGGGGGCAGAUCAUUUUCCAAAUCCAGAGAUUAUUUACAUGAAUGUAAUGGCGAGGUUGUCAUCCUACCUAAAAAAGCUGCCCUUUGAAGUUGAACACGGACCUCUUGGCAGGACUGAGCCUAGUGAUUUGGCGGAACUUGUAAGCAGCCUACAUAGUUUGCAACAACAGCCUUUUUCUCCAAUAUAUGGACUUGAACAGCCACCUAAAUAUGAAGAUAUUGUUCAUACUCCACCUUCAUUGAAAACCAUUACUCCUGCCACUACUGAUCACCGGGAUGUAACACCACAAAUUGUAAAUAAUAGUGAUACUGUGCCAUCUGUUGCACCUCCUCUACCAGCCAAAACAUGGCAAAGAGGCAACAAACAAACACAAUGUAGUUCUACAAGAAAACCUUCUGCAACUACUCAGCAAUCUGUGGCCCUUUCAAACUUACCUUCAAAUAAGACUGGUGAGAAAAUGUCUAGGAAUUCCAUGGAAAAACUUUUCAUUGAGGAGGAUUCAGAUUUGGAAAAAUCAAUUAAUCAUGAACACAAAAACACAAGUUCACGUUUGCCUGAGCAUAACCAAUGGACAGCUGGAAGGCCAUCCCAUUAUAAUUCCACUGACCAUCCGUUCAGUGUUGAUGCAUCUUUAAAAUCUGCUAAUAGUUCGUCGUCCUUUACUUCCAGUACAAGAGAUGCUAGUGAAAUGACUCAGUACAAUAUGCAUGCAACAGCACCAACCAAAGUGGUCAGGAACAAUGACCAUGAAGAAAUUGACAAGCUGCUCUUAGAUUUGGAGCGAUUUUCUCAAAAAAUAGAGAACACUUUGAAGAAUCCUCCAUUGUCUUCAUCAGUUACAUCAAAUACAUUUUGCCUCCCUGAUUUUAAGGAGGGACACAUGGCCAAUUCACCUACAGCUACUAACGAAAUCAGUAAAGCAAAUGUAAAGGAUGAUGAUGAUGAUGGCAAUCUUUUGCUUCGAAUACUGGGGAGUAUUGAAGACUUUGCUCAAGAACUUGUGGACUGGCGGUCAGGGAGAGGAACUCUUUCCAAGCAGAAGGAAGUUAUGCAAAUCCUUCAGGAAACUUUGGUUCCCGCAUCUCCUGUGUCCUCACCUAACAUCCAGCACCAGAGUCAGCUCAAGGAUUCUGAACCAGCAUUGUUAAUUCAGCAGUCACCAGAGGUUAUCAAGGUUCAAAACAAACAAGAAAAAAAGCCUGGUACCCCGCCUCCUGUUCCAGUCAUCACUCCCCCUCGUCCAGCUUCUCCUCCACCUGCCAUCAACAAGGUCAUAGUAGCACCCCCCAUAGCCAUAAACAUUCCACGUUUCUACUUCCCCAAAGGCCUCCCCAACUCCGUUUCCACCAGUGAGGACUUGAUCAGUAAGAUUGAGGGAGUCUUUUCAAGCAUGGAGGAAGAAAAGGCGGAUAUCUAUGAGAUGGCGAAGAUCGCAAAGGUAUGUGGCUGCCCAUUGUACUGGAAGGCUGCAAUGUUCAAUGCAGCUGGUGGAGAAAGGACUGGCGUUGUAUCUGUGCAUUCAUUCAUAGCAAUGUGGAGAAAGUUACUACAAAUUUGCCAUGAUGAUGCUUCAAAAUUCAUUUACCUCUUGGCUAAACCAAGCUGCAACUACUUGGAACAAGAGGAUUUCAUCCCCCUCCUCCAGGACAUCGUAGACACACAUCCUGGAUUGACCUUUCUCAAGGAAGCACCUGAAUUCCACUCACGGUACAUCACCACGGUUAUCCAGAGAAUAUUCUACACAGUGAACAGGUCAUGGUCUGGGAGAAUCAUGCUAACAGAGUUAAGGAGGAGUAACUUCUUACAGACAUUGGCUCUUUUGGAAGAGGAAGACGAUGUUAAUCAAGUGACAGAUUACUUCUCCUACGAGCAUUUUUAUGUCAUCUACUGCAAGUUCUGGGAACUGGACACUGACCAUGAUUUGUAUAUUGACCAGAAGGAUCUAGCCAGAUAUAACGACCAUGCUUCCUCGAAUAGAAUAAUUGAAAGGAUAUUUUCUGGUGCAGUUACAAGAGGAAACGCUGUUCAAAGAGAGGGGAGGAUGAGCUAUGCAGAGUUUGUCUGGUUCCUGUUAUCAGAGGAAGAUAAGAAAAAUCCCACCAGUAUUGAGUACUGGUUCCGUUGCAUGGACUUAGAUGGUGACGGUGUGCUGUCCAUGUAUGAACUGGAGUAUUUCUAUGAGGAGCAAUGUGAGAAAAUGGAGACCAUGGGCAUUGAGCCCCUGCCAUUUCAGGAUCUCUUGUGCCAGCUGUUGGACCUGGUAAAGCCAGAAGUAGAAGGACGAAUUACUUUACGAGACCUGAAGCGAUGUCGAAUGGCACACAUAUUCUAUGACACCUGCUUUAACCUCGAGAAAUACCUGGACCAUGAACAGAGAGAUCCCUUUGCCAUGCAAAAGGAUGUUGAUUGUGAAAGUCCUGAACCCUCUGAUUGGGACAGAUACGCAGCCGAAGAAUAUGAGAUUCUGGUUGCUGAGGAAUCAGCCACCGAACAGUUACAAGAAGGGUCUUUUGAGGAUGACUACGAGGGGGAUGAGAUUAUGUCUUCACCUGAAAUUGCCAACAAGAUGGAUAAAUUAGUCAUCUCGGACCUUACAGCGUGAAGAUGAAGCUACGCAUUACUGGACAAUCAGACUGACCAGCACCUGCCUAUAUAUAUACAUGAACUAAACAAGAGGUGGCCAACCUGUGACUCUCCAGCUGUUGCUGGACUACAGCUCCUAUCACUCUGUCUCUUCUAAACGUCACUGUGCCUCCCAUUACCCUCACGCUGCUGGACACACCAGCUUGGCCACCCCAGAAAAAAAAAAAACUCUAUCCACAUUGAGACUUUUCAGGGGAAAUAAUAUAUAAAUAUAUUUUUUAUUAUUUUUGUGAAGAGAUGUGCUUUGUUUUGUAAAUGCAAUAUGAAAUAAGUUCAGAUUUUUGAAUUUUUUUUUUUUUCUUGAAUUAAGUUUGUGUGUCAAAGUUUUGCCUGCAGAACAAACAAAUGCCACCGAUAUGUGCAAUAUGUCUUAAAUACUGUGCGUUCUUGUACAAAAACACGAGGAAUGUAUUCUUCUCUUCAUCCUCCCUUUUCCUUUGCAGAUUGUAUUUGUCAGUCUUCAGUCUACUUGUACAUUUUAUGUAUCUAAGAAUUUUUAACCCCUUGAGUGCCAGCGAAUGAUGUACGCCUGUGCAGAACCAAAGCAAAAUCUUUAUGAGUUCCAUGUGUAAUAUUUGAUGAUACAGCUUUUGUGUGGUAAAGAUCCAGAACUUG